CAUCUACAAUAUUUCACCGAAUUCUCAUUCAGCACAGUCAGACGACCAUGGUUCUUGUAGGGUACUCGGACUCCGAAAGCUCGGAUAAUGAAGCACCGCCUGCACCGCAGCCUGCAGCAAGGCCUGCAACAAAAUCAACUCCGAUGUUUGUGGAUCCAGGCACAAAGAAGAUAAAAGUCAACUUGUCCAGCCUGAGUACAGAAGCAGACAAGGAUGAAGAGGCGGGAAGCGAUGAUAGGCCGACAAAGAGAAAACGAACAGGAGGUGGACUAAACAUAAAUGCUUUCCUUCCACCACCGAAACAGCCUGCGAAACCGCUUAACAAUGAGAGCACGUUCGCUGCGAAAAGGGCCGCCGGGAGAGGGCUCGGUAGCGGCGUGAACUUGAAAACUGGUGCAGAGCCUGCAUUCACACGAACAGAGAUGUCUUCGACAAGUUUGGAUUUGGAUGGCGAGCCAAAGGAUAUCAAAGAAGUCAUUGCAGAGCUUAGGAGGAGCAGACAGCCAGCAAACACAUCAGAGGAAGUAGCCUCUGUAGUGGGUUUACCACAGAUUGGCGAAAAGGAGGUGAAGCUUGUUGGAAAUCCAAUGCGUUUCAAGCCAAAGUCUGUCGCGAGAGGACCGAUCAAAAAGAAAGCAGCAGUACCCAGAGCUACUACAGCAGCAUCUGCCAAUAGCACUACGGAUCCAAUUGGUACAACUUUUGCAAGUUCUUCGAUUACUAAUAGUACGUCACAAACCGCACCUCCAGCGAAGUCCAAAGUCUCGCUUUUCUCAAUUGGGAAGGAAGAGAAUGAGCCGGCAGUUUCCAACGAACCCGCAUUGGAAGAUGACGCGGAAGUUCCAGCAGCUCCCGAAGAGGCCUACAGCGGCGGUGAGCAGUUGUAUUCUCGUCAAACUUACGAUACGUCCACUGGAGCAAAGUCCGCAGCAGCAAGCGCAGUGGACGGGCUCAACCUCUCGGCCUCAGAGAUGCGUCAACUAUUCGGGCGCAAGGCUGGCAAGAAUGGCGGCUUUCCUGAUCUCUCUAGCGUCAAGGUGAUCAAUUAUAACGCAGAUGAACAGUAUGCUGAGAAUGAGGAGUUAAGAGCCAGGGGUGAGCUUGUACAGCACAACCCUGUGCGUGGAAUUGCACCUGGAAAGCAUAGCUUGAAGCAACUGGUAAACGCUGCAGCAACGCAGGCUGAUGCGCUGGAAGAACAUUUCGCGAUGGGGAAGAGGAACCAGCGGGAAGCUGGUGCUCGGUAUGGUUGGUGAGUGGCAGAACGUGAUAACCGCUGAGUAUCCAUAGUCGAUGAUCUCGGCUUCCAGAAGUUCCUGCGAUACUGUGCAUGAUCUGAAGAUCCAGAAAAACGAGUAUCUGGUUCCGUAUAAGCCUUUAUAUGGGAGUGUGCCUGUGUGGUGGAGAUAUGUCAAGAUUUCCUUACUCCAACUCUAAAUCCACGACAAUUCUGAUCCAGAAUUUGUGGUUCAGAGAGCAUAAGUUUCGGUCCCUCCUCUUAGGCUCCCUCUCGUUAUCUGGAGAGUGAGGCGGAGUGCUGAUCACUCGAUGUUAGCCAUCGGAGACAAGAAGUCGAGAACACUAAGCUUGUUUGCCUGCGAGAUCAUCGGCAUCUAAUUCAACACGUUUGCCAAAUGCUUGUAAAUCAUUAGCUUCCAUGACUUUGCCCACGUGGUAAGAAAUCUAUGAGUAGACCAUGAACAAUAAUGAGGCGGGAAGCAGGAGGGUCAGUAGCACAUAAUAUCAGCGAACAUAAACCAACUAUAUAGUGAAAGGUUCUCUUGAGCACGAAGAGUACCGAGUGAGAAAGCAUAAAUCGCAG